AUGGCAGCACAUGCCGCUGAUCGCAAAGAUCGUCAAAAGCCUGCAGCCCAAUCGAAAUGCAGUCGCAACACGGUAUCUGGUGCAAAAGGGGGGUCAUCCGGUCAUCACCGCUCCAAAUCACCAUUGUCGCUUCGCCGCUUUCAAAUUGAUCGCGUAAGGACUGCCAUGGAAUAUGAUUCGGAAGAUUCCGGCGAUGAUAUUUGGGAAGAGAGAUCCCGGUACUCUCGCUAUUGCGUUUUUAACGACGAAAAUGUAGGUGAGGAAGUUGACGACCGUCAUAAGAGUGACGAAGUCGACAGGUAUGCCAACACCGCCCCUGGGAUUGACCCCCUUUGGAGUAUGUCGAUGGACUCCUUUCCACCAGUUUGGCGUCCCUGGAGCGAAGAAGAAUCGAAAAGGAAAACCUCGAACGAAGUUGAAAACGGACGAAGCGUUGAAUCGAAUACUCCCUGUCAGCAGCCAAUAACUAUUCCAAAGAGGGAGGAGGUUUCAGUGCCAAAGACAAAUGCAGAAACGAAGCAAAAAGCCAAGUCUCGGAUUUUCAAACCUAUUAAGUAUAAUCUUUCGGAAAGACGCGUCUUGGAAGCGAGAUCGACAGGCAAACUGAAAGAGAUAGAAAGCGAAUUUAAAAGAGAAUCAGAGACAGACGCCAAGAAAAAGACAAAGGUCAAGAAGGAACCAUUCAACGAAAUCGAAUCACAGAAUGAUGUCAAGGACAAGCAACUGGUUAACAAAAGCGAAGGCUCGAGUAUGAGGUACACCAUCUACAAUAGAGCGGAAGAAGAAGAGAAAUGUGCUGAGGUUGCAAUCAAAUUGCAAGCUUCUCAAUCAACAGCUACGGGCUCUGAUGGCUACGGAAGCGACGACUCUCAGCUCGUAUUGGAGGCAGUUGAAACUGUGUAUGAAGAAGAUGAUGAUGCUAGUAGAAGUGACCCGGACACCUCGAGAAAUGGUAAUCAUCCUUCUACUAAAACCAGAAAAGUUGGCAGGUCCAGUGACACACAAAAUUCCAAGAUAACAAAGAAAAAACGACAAUCUGCGAAGAGAUCUUUGGCGAUGAUUGACAUUAAAACAUAUUUGAGAGCGAUUAUGGGGUGGAGAAAAGCAUCAAAGAUUCGUGGAAAGAACAAACUGAAUUUAUCGCGGCUCCCCUGUUACAAUCGCGCUCCUCGAAUUCCAAUCGGACACCUGCUCCAGCGAGUGCGACGGACCUUGCCGAAUGAGCUCGACGAAUUUCCGGGUGCAGUCGUCCGUGGCUAUAACGAAGAAAAGCCUCAGCUAGUUCAAUGCUUGAACUUUUACUAUUGCGGUUUGAUGGCCAACUGUGCUGAAUCUACCAUUAAUACAUCACAAUGCAAGCCUAGCCUCCAGACAGCGAUCGAGAUCAACGAUGGCAAUGAAGGUAUUAGCGACGGUGUAAAACCCUUUGGCCGACUCUCUCCAAAGCCAACUGUUGAGGUUGUACUCGAUGGCCUUCUUGCUGAAAGCCGGGAUGACAUCGCAGAAACCAAAGACUUCUUUCUGAAGCAAGCACCAGACCUGCAGCCUGUUUCGCGUAUCAAUAAUGUUGUCCGUGAAGUAAGUGGGCUGCAACUGCAUCUCGAUGAUGAUUCAGAGAAACGACAGAAGCACGAAGCGAUCAGGAGAGCGGAGCUUCAUGAUGCCGACGACAAUAUAUCUGUCUCAAGCAUCCAGAUUCCCAUGACCUGCGUACCCUCAAAAGAUAGUUCGGAGGAACGUGCCUAUGCAAAAGGAAAGGGAAGAACUCUCUUCGAUCGAUUCCGUAAGAAGAUUGAUGGUUCUGUACAUACUGAGUAG